CUGCAUUGCGGCGCGCGGAGCCCGAGGUCCCUCAUCGCAGAGGCAGCAGCGCGACGAGUGGCCGCCGUGGUGAAGCCGAACAACAUGGAAGUGAAGGAUGCAAGCUCUGCACUGCUCAGUAACUAUGAGGUGUUCCAGUUACUAACUGAUCUGAAAGAGCAGCGCAAAGAAAGCGGGAAGAACAAGCACAGCUCUGGGCAGCAGAACCUGAACACCAUCACCUACGAGACGCUAAAAUACAUAUCAAAAACACCGUGCAGACACCAGAGUCCUGAAAUUGUCAGAGAAUUUCUUACAGCAAUGAAAAGCCACAAGUUGACCAAGGCUGAAAAGCUGCAGCUGCUGAAUCACAGGCCUGUGACUGCUGUUGAGAUCCAGCUGAUGGUGGAAGAGAGUGAAGAGCGGCUCACGGAGGAGCAGAUUGAAGCUCUUCUCCACACUGUCAUGAGCAUUCUACCUGCAGGGCCAGAGGCUGAGCAGACAAAGAAUGCCAGUAGCGAUGCGGCAAUGGAUGAAGAGGACCCAGCAUAGAGAAGCCCGGUGGCCAUUUCCUGGACAUACAAAGGAUUGCUUAUUUGACUUUACCCUCUAUCCCAAUAGGCCCAAUUUCAUGGUUAGUUGGGGGAAAAAAAUCACAAAAAUAAGCUGAAAAGAAAUGUCUGUGCCUCAGGGAGAAGAAACAUGGUGGAGGCAGCUGAGGUUGUCAGGGCAGAGAGCUGAAGAGGGGAGAACAACGACUGGACCUCUCUGUGGUAGAAAUACUUCCUCUGUGGCCUUUGCCACAGCUGUGGGAGGUCUGUAUACACAGAUGGCAAAAUGCUCUUGCCUUUGAUGGGCUCUGUCUUAAUGAAUUUAAUCUGCUUCCCUAGGAACUUCCCAAGUCCCAAGCUCAGUGUGCUGUUGGGAUGUGAGCUGAACUGUGAGAACAAUUAGCUGGCUCAAGACUCCCAGAGCAGCACAUAGUGGCUCUAGAUUAAAAUGAACCACAAAGUUGGCUCACCUUAAAGGAACUUCCUUGAGAGCAGAGAUAAGAAAAAGAGAUAAGACUGUGUCCAGCCUGCCCUUCUGAGGUUUUCUAAAUGCCCCUUUCUUUUGCCCAAACAGACUUUGUUUACUGACCUACUAAUGAGUCUUGAAUGUUAGAGACCAGCUCAUUCCAAUUCAAGGCAGAAAUUCUAAACAGUAUGACAGUGGCAACAGGAAUACUGUGUUGGCUAUCUUUCUGACUGAGUCAGCAGCCCAGGCCACACAGUGCCUGUUGAGACCAGGUGAGCUUUGUUUGCAUGAUGGGCAAGUCAUUUACACCUUUAAAAGGGGCACAGUUAUGUAGCUCUUUUGUGAACAGAUCAUGUAAAAACUGGAGGUUGAAAAAAUAAACCAGAAGAUGAUUAAUAAAGAGUUUGGAUUUGCUUUUUAUUGCAAGUUUGCAUCAAUUUUUUGAUGUAAAAUAUUAAGAUAAUUACAGUCAAGACAUUUUAAGUGCUCUUUGGAAAGUUUAUUUGUUCCAAGUAUGCAAUUGCCUUAGAUCCUAGGAGUCUUGCUUAAAGUCUGAUUUCUUGCAUUCACUGGUCCCUGUUUGGGGAAGAAAAUGCCCAUAAACAUUAAUUUUCCAAAUUGGUACUCAUUUUGUUUAAAAGUUACUUGGAUUACCUCUGCCCCUUAUAUUUCCCAGUCCAUUUCAGACCUUUCUUCUCCACUUGCAAGCAGUUGCAUUGUGUCUGUCUCCACUGCCUGAGGAUCCACUGAAAUGGCUUGCAGGUGGCAUUGGGUAUACCAGGAGAGUUUAUGCUAAGCUUUUCAGGUCUGGAGUUUCAUCUGGACCCUAUUGAUUAUCUGUCAGGGCAUCCAGGUGCAGGUGUCAUUUUUCUUCAAGAGUUUAUGUUGUUACAGAUUGAAAAAGUAAAAUACGAUUUAAAGGAUAAAAUAU